AAGAAAAAUAAAAUCGAACGGUGUUGUUGUGUCGCGGGCGGAUGAAAAAAAAAACUGAAACAACGGCGUUUGCGGCCACGCUCGUGUUUAUCCUGUUUUAGAGAAUAUUAAAACAAAUCGCCUGUUUUUCCCGUUUUCGUGAAUUAAAAACGGCUGCGUGGGCGUGUGUGUGUGUCGUUCGUGUCCGUGUGAUAUAUUCCGGGGCUCCUUUAGCCUUAUACAGUAAAUACUCGGUUACGCGCCCUGCACUUGUAAGUUAAGUGAAAAUGUGGGCGAAACGUGUGCGAUAAGCGAGGCCCGUGAAAAGUGUCUGGCAAUGUUCCUCAGUGUCGGUGAUUCGAGCCAAGUUUAAGGACAACAACUGCUACAAAUACGAAAUAAAGGCGGCAGAAGCCCCUGCGACACCCCUUUUUGACCCCCCGAACAACAAAAACAAGCAAGACGACGUCCAAGAAGAAGCAACAGCAGCCGCCGCGGCCGAAGACGAGCAGCAUGUUCAAGUGCAUUCCCAUCUUCAAGGGCUGCAACCGGCAGGUGGAGUUCGUGGACAAGCGUCACUGCUCCCUCCCCCAGGUGCCCGAGGAGAUCCUGCGCUAUUCGCGCACGCUGGAGGAGCUCUUCCUGGACGCCAACCACAUUCGCGACUUGCCCAAGAAUUUCUUCAGAUUGCAUCGCCUGAGAAAGCUGGGCCUGAGUGACAAUGAAAUUGGCCGCCUGCCGCCGGAUAUACAAAACUUUGAAAAUCUCGUCGAGCUCGAUGUUUCACGCAAUGACAUACCCGACAUUCCCGACGACAUCAAGCAUCUGCAGAGCUUGCAGGUGGCCGACUUUAGCUCGAACCCGAUACCCAAGCUGCCCUCGGGCUUCUCCCAGCUGAAGAACCUGACCGUCCUGGGCCUCAACGACAUGUCGCUCACCACAUUGCCGGCGGACUUUGGCAGCCUCACGCAGCUCGAGUCUUUGGAGCUGCGCGAGAAUCUGCUCAAGCAUCUACCGGAGACGAUAAGCCAGCUGACGAAGCUGAAGCGCUUGGAUUUGGGCGACAACGAGAUCGAGGACCUGCCUCCCUAUCUGGGCUACCUGCCGGGUUUGCAUGAACUCUGGCUGGAUCACAACCAGUUGCAGCGUCUGCCGCCGGAGCUGGGACUGCUGACCAAACUGACCUACCUCGAUGUGUCCGAGAAUCGGCUGGAGGAGCUACCCAGCGAGGUUAGCGGGCUGGUGAGCCUCACGGAUCUAGAUCUGGCGCAAAAUCUGCUAGAAACACUGCCCGAUGGCAUUGCCAAGUUGAGCAGGCUGACCAUCCUGAAGCUGGACCAGAAUCGUUUGCAACGGUUGAACGAAUCGCUUGGAAACUGCGUGAACAUGCAGGAGCUGAUACUCACCGAGAAUUUCCUGUCCGAGCUGCCGGCCUCCAUUGGCCAGAUGACCAAGCUAAGCAAUCUGAAUGUGGAUCGCAAUGCCCUGGAGUACCUGCCCCUGGAGAUUGGCCAGUGUGCCAAUCUGGGCGUGCUCAGUCUGCGCGACAACAAGCUGAAGAAGCUGCCCCCAGAGCUGGGCAACUGCACUGUCCUCCAUGUGCUCGACGUGAGCGGGAAUCAGCUGCUGUAUCUGCCCUACUCUCUGGUGAAUCUGCAGCUGAAGGCCGUGUGGUUGUCGGAGAAUCAGUCGCAGCCGCUGCUCACCUUCCAGCCGGACGUGGAUGCGGAGACGGGCGAGCAGGUGCUGUCCUGUUACCUGUUGCCCCAGCAGGAAUAUCAGCCCAUUACACCAGCCCGCGAUCUGGAGUCUGAUUCGGAGCCGUUCGAGGAGCGCGAGCCUUCGCGCACCGUGGUCAAGUUCUCGGAGGAUGCCAGCCAGGAGAAAGACACGCCCUUCGUGCGCCAGAAUACGCCGCAUCCCAAGGAUCUCAAGGCCAAGGCCCAGAAGCUGAAGGUGGAGCGCAGCCGGCAUGAGGAGCACGCCAACCUGGUGGCUUUGCCGGAGGAGAAUGGCACCAGAAUAGCGGAGGCACCAACCGAGACCCGAACGCUGGUGAACAAUCACCAACAGCAGGCUCAGCCAGUUCAGCAACCAGCUGUUGGUGUAAACUCCAAGCAGCCAGCGGUGGUGGGUGUUGUUACACCAACAACAACGACAGCAGCUCCAGCAACCAUACAGGGUGCCUCGGAGGCGGCAUCCAACAACGUAAAGGCAGCCACAGCAGCGGUUGUGGCUGAGUUAACAGCCGCUGUGGCCACUACUUCCGCCACCGAAGAGCCUCAGGAUGAUGAUGAGCAGGAAGACGAGUUUGAAUCCGAUCGCCGUGUGGGCUUUCAGGUGGAGGGCGAAGACGAUGACUUCUACAAGCGGCCACCCAAAUUGCACAGAAGGGACACUCCGCAUCAUCUGAAGAACAAGCGUGUGCAGCAUUUAACCGACAAGCAGGCCAGCGAGAUUCUGGCCAACGCUCUGGCCUCCCAAGAGCGCAACGAUGCCACGCCGCAGCACUCGCUGUCCGGCAAAGUGCAGUCGCCCAUCGAGGAGGAGGAGCACCUGGAACUGGAGGGGGAGCAGGACCAACAGAAGCAGCAACCCUUUGAUGCAUCGCUCUCGCCCAUUCCAGCCGGCAAAGCGGAAGCCGCCGGCACUGAGCAAGAUAAUUUAGAUGGCGUCACGGAACUCCGCUUGGAGCAGUACGAAAUCCACAUCGAACGCACGGCCGCCGGUCUGGGCCUCAGUAUUGCCGGUGGCAAGGGCUCUACCCCCUUCAAGGGCGACGAUGACGGCAUCUUUAUAUCCAGGGUCACCGAGGCCGGACCCGCUGAUCUGGCCGGGCUCAAAGUGGGCGACAAGGUGAUCAAGGUCAAUGGCAUUGUUGUGGUCGAUGCGGAUCAUUACCAGGCUGUUCAAGUCCUAAAAGCCUGCGGUGCUGUCUUGGUUUUGGUGGUGCAGCGUGAGGUGACGCGACUGAUUGGACAUCCCGUGUUCAGCGAGGAUGGCAGUGUGUCGCAGAUUUCAGUAGAGACGCGACCACUGGUGGCGGAGGAGCGCUACAUCCCGACACACAUUGAACAGCAGCAGCAGCAGCUGCAGCCUCAACAUAUUCCGCAGCAGCAGCCACAACCUAUUCCACAGCAGCAAGUGGCACCCACGCACAGCUAUUCGGGCAAUGUGUUUGCCACGCCCACGGCCAACCAAAUUGCAGAGCCUGCAGUAGCAGCAGCAGCAGCUCCCAAUGGUUUGCUGCUAAAUGGCAAGGAGGCGCCGCUGAGCUUCAUCCAACUGCACACGACGCUCAUCCGCGAUCAGAUUGGCCAAGGCCUGGGCUUCAGCAUUGCGGGCGGCAAGGGCUCGCCGCCUUUCAAGGACGACUGCGAUGGCAUUUUCAUAUCGCGCAUCACCGAGGGCGGUCUGGCCCAUCGCGAUGGCAAAAUCAUGGUGGGCGACAGGGUCAUGGCGAUUAACGGCAACGAUAUGACGGAAGCGCAUCAUGAUGCCGCAGUGGCCUGUCUGACGGAACCGCAGCGCUUUGUGCGCCUGGUGCUGCAGCGUGAGUACCGCGGCCCCCUGGAGCCGCCGACGAGUCCGCGUAGCCCAGCAGUGCUUAAUUCGUUGAGUCCCUCUGGAUAUUUGGCCAAUCGACCAGCCAACUUUGGCCGUUCAGUGACCGAGCAAGUCGAGCAGCCCUACAAGUACAAUACCCUGGCUACCAGCACUGCCACACCCACUGCACCCACUGUUGUCAGCAGCAGCAGCAAUAGCAACAAUAAUACGCUGCCCAGCAGCAAAACAAAUGGAUUCCCAGCUGCUGCCACGAUAGACAAAGCCACCGGGCAGCCAGUGCCCGCUCCUAGACGCACCAACUCUGUGCCCAUGGGCGAGGGUAGCGAUGCAGCGGCCUCCACGGCCAGCGGUGAUUCGGGCGAGGCUCAGCCCUCCUCGUUGCGCCCGCUGACCAGCGACGAUUUUCAGGCGAUGAUUCCGGCCCACUUCCUCAGCGGCGGCAGUCAGCAUCAGGUGCACGUGGCCCGGCCCAACGAGGUGGGCGUGAGCGCCGUCACGGUGAAUGUGAAUAAGCCGCAGCCGGAUCUGCCCAUGUUCCCGGCGGCACCCACCGAGCUUGGCCGUGUCACCGAGACGAUCACCAAGUCCACGUUCACGGAGACGGUGAUGACGCGCAUCACCGACAAUCAGUUGGCGGAGCCCCUAAUCAGUGAGGAGGUUGUCCUGCCCAAGAACCAGGGCUCCCUGGGCUUCAGCAUCAUCGGCGGCACGGAUCAUUCCUGCGUGCCCUUUGGCAGUCGAGAGCCUGGCAUUUUCAUAUCGCAUAUUGUGCCCGGCGGGAUUGCCUCGAAGUGCGGCAAGCUGCGCAUGGGAGAUCGCAUACUGAAAGUCAACGAUGCGGAUGUGUCCAAGGCCACCCACCAGGAUGCCGUGCUGGAGCUGCUCAAGCCCGGUGAUGAGAUCAAGCUGACCAUUCAGCACGAUCCCCUGCCGCCAGGUUUCCAGGAAGUGCUCCUCAGCAAGGCGGAGGGCGAACGUCUGGGCAUGCAUAUCAAGGGCGGCCUGAAUGGGCAGCGCGGUAAUCCAGCCGAUCCCUCCGACGAGGGUGUGUUCGUGUCCAAAAUAAACUCGGUUGGAGCGGCCAGACGGGACGGAAGGCUUAAGGUGGGCAUGCGUCUCCUCGAGGUCAAUGGACACUCGCUGCUGGGCGCCUCACACCAGGACGCGGUCAGUGUGCUACGCAACGCCGGCAACGAGAUCCAAUUGGUGGUCUGCAAAGGCUACGACAAGUCCAACUUAAUUCAUUCCAUUGGCCAGGCCGGCGGCAUGAGCACUGGCUUCAACUCGUCUGCAUCCUGCAGCGGUGGCAGUCGCCAAGGCUCGCGUGCCUCGGAGACCGGCUCGGAGCUGAGCCAGAGCCAGAGUAUAUCCAGUCUGGACCACGACGAGGAGGAGAGGCUGCGACAGGACUUUGACGUUUUUGCCUCGCAGAAGCCAGAUGCACAGCCAACGAGCCAAACGGGCCUGGCAGCUGCUGCGGCCCUGGUGCACGGCGGAGCCACCUCGCCCACGCCCACACCCACGUCGUUGCCCACGCCAGUGGCAUCCGCUGAUUUAGCAGCGCCGGACACGCCAGCCGCACAGACCGUGGCGCUCAUUCACGCGGAACAGGCUCAGUCCCAGGCCCAUGCCCACGCCCAGCUGGCGCCGCUGGGCCAGGAGAAGAGCACCCAGGAGAAGGUGCUGGAAAUUGUACGCGCGGCUGAUGCCUUCACCACCGUGCCACCAAAGUCGCCAUCGGAGCACCCCGAACAGGACAAGAUACAGAAGACGACGACGGUGGUUAUAUCGAAGCACACGCUCGACACGAACCCAACUACCCCGACGACGCCGGCAGCCCCCUUAACCAUUGGGGCGGCAGAGUCAGCGACCCCGUCGGCAUCCGCUCCAGCCCAGGUAGCCGCUGUGGCCGUGCAGACGCAAACGAAGGAGGGAGAAGACGCCGAAGCCGAGGAGCAGGCCCCACAGCAACGAGGCACUCAGACACCGGACCGCCUGGCCCCGGGAUCUCGCUACUCCUACCAGCAAAUGCUGGAGAGCCAGGAGGAAAGCCGAAGCUCAGGAAAAUCUGCAGCCAACCAGCAGUCGAAGCCCAAAAAGGCAGAGCCCGUCUACAUCAUAGAUGACGAAGACGAAGACGAUGACGAUGAUGAUGAUGAUGAUGAGGCGGACUCCCAGAAGCUAGAUGACAUUGAUGCCAUUCAGGAGGAGGACGAGGAAGAGGAUACCGAGAGCUCUCCACCCUUUGACCUGCAAUCGCCGCCUUCUUAUGCAGACACCGAUUCCGAUUGCUUUGACCGCCGGCGUGGACGCUACACCAGCGACUCGGAGAGUGACUGCCGGCCGUACAAGCCCUCGAGAUCGGGACGCAGCACCCCAGAAUACGGAGGACAUCGCAAGUCCGUGAGCUUCGACCUUAGCGGCGACGAGCGUUCCAGAUCGGAUUACGAGCGAUCCCGCUCCAGGACACCCGAUGGUUACACACGCGCUUACGAUUCGGAGCAGGACACCCGAGGCAGUGGAAGGAACCGCCUUCCCCGCAAGGGAAUCCUGCGGGCCACCAGUCCCUGCUCCAUCCAACCAGAGCCCAUUGUGCCAGCGGUGGCGCGUAUCCGUGACGUGGAGUCACCCAAACUGCAGCGCGUCUCGCGAGCCACUUCACCGGAUCCUCCUGGGGAAUUGGACCGGGAGAAUCCUUUCCGCCAUCCCGCAGCCGAGGAUGAUGAGUACACGAGGAUAGCCAAGGCUGUGAGCAGGUCGCCACGCUCACCACGCUCUACCCGGGAGCAGUUCUUCUUUGGCUCCUCGCGAUCCAGCGAGGAUCUGCUGGAGCAGUCCCAGUCGCAGUCCAGUGGACGCAGCACACCCAACACCGUGAUUUCCAAGUCCACCGAGAGCCUGACUGGCACCCGUCCAAAGGUACCGCCGCCCACGGCGCCGAAGCCGCAGCUCAAGAAGGCGGAUCUGGUGAGGAACGUGGCGCUGGAGACCUUCCAGGCCAGCGAUGUGGGUCAGGGCGACUUUACGGUCUUCGAGCACGACGCCAGCACGAAUACGAUCCAUCCCGUGGAGGCCAAGCUGCCCGUGCGGGUGGUGACCAAGGCGACGACGAAGCCCAGUCGUCCGCGGGAAUCGCCACCGCCGCCGCCUGUGAACUAUGCCACGUUGCCGAGCAAGGUGCCGGGCACGCCCACUCUGCGGGAGGAGGAGUCGCUGUACAUGGAGGCGCUGCCGCCCACACCCUCACAGCUCCGCCCCCAUGAGUUCGUGCACGAGAACUCGCCCGACAAUAUCCUGGUGUCGCCCCAGGAGCACCGCGAGUAUCUGCUAAGGGAAAACGAGCUGAGGAACCAGCUGCGAGCGCCCUACGAACCGGCGCCGCCCAUUCCGAUUGCGAGCAGCGGAUAUUCGUCAACACCUGCCAGCAGGGAUGAGGCAGAGCAACAGGACCAGGAGCUCCGGGAGGCCGCCAUCACCACAAAGCCAACACCGAGUAAAGUGCCUAAAUCGGUUUCCGAUAAAAAACGCUUCUUCGAGUCAGCCAUGGAGGAUCAACACAAGCCCACACAAAAGACAGACAAAGUUUUCUCAUUCCUGUCAAAGGACGAAGUCGAGAAGCUGCGACAGGAGGAGGAGCGCAAGAUUGCAACACUGCGCCGUGAUAAGAAUUCCAGAUUAUUGGAUGCCGCCAACGACAACAUUGACAAGGACGAUAAGCGCCCAGAUAAUAGCAAGACCAAAAGCAGCGAGUAUGAUAAUGAAGACAGCGACCAGGAGGAGCAGGAUGAGGAUGAGCUGGCUGAUGCCGUCGACAAUGCCACCGCCACCGCCGCCGCUCUGGGGCACUUUGACGAAGCGGAGGACAUGAGAACCGCACAAAGUCUGGCGACGACACCCACAACGCCGCCGUCGCCGCACGCCCCCAGCAAAAUACCCAAGCAGAAGCAGCAGCAACGGAAGCCGGAGCUUCCGAAGGCGAAGCCCUCGCUGAUUCUUGAUCCUCCCAAGCCCUCGCUGCUGCCCAAGCCAAAGGUCAAGGUUGUCAUACCGCCCGCCCUGCAGCAGCGUCUCAAGCAGCAGCAGAAGGAGCAGCAGGAGGAGCCCACCAUACCGGAAGAGCAGCUACAAGAGCCUCAGCUGGAACCUGAGCCUCAGCCUGAGCCCGAGCCUGAGACCGAGCACUCGCCCACUGCCGGUGGCAGUCGCAUCCCCAUAAGAACCCUGAAAGCCGAACGCCGCGCCCUGGCCGCGGCUGCUCGCCAAUCCGGUCUCAGUGUGGAGGAUUAUCUCCGGCAGCUGGAGGCGGCAGACUCGGAGCAAUCGCCCACCUCGCCCACCACGCCCACCGGCAAGAGCCGGGCCAUGAUUAAUGCCGAGAAGCGCGCAUCCUGGCGGGCAGCUCGCCUGCGGUCGCUGGAGCAGGGCGCCGUGGAGGCCCAGGAUGUGAUCAAGAACAUGCGCAAGAUGACCGACGAUCUGAUCACCCACGAGGCCAAGGCCAGCGAGGCUCAGCCGAAAAUAGUCUUUCCCAAAAUUGCCAUUAAGUCGAGCGACGGCCCAGUCAUUGUGCGCGAACGCGAGAAAAUACUCGAUGAGAAGAUUGUGCGACGCACUGAGGAGGUGCCCUGCCCCAUAACGGGGCGACCUCAACUGCGCACCGUCGAGUACAUUGAGAAAAUCAUCGAGACGGAGGUGGAGACCUGCAAGGAGCGCAUCAUAUCCUUGGAGCUGCAGGUGCCCGAACCGGAGGAGGGCACCCUAGACGAUACGCAGCCGCCGCUGGAGCUGCAACUCGAGGCGGAUGAUUUCGAGGAAGAUGAGGAAGAUGACUUCCAGGAUGAGGAAGAUGACUACGACGAUGAGGAGGAAGAGGACACCGCCUCCAUUGUGACCGUGCAGGCGAACAACGAGAAGCUUUUCCUGCGGCACGACUCCGAUGCCUACGGCCCCUCGUCCAUCGAGAGCGUCUCCUCCGGCAAGGUUCGCAUCAAGCCCACGCCUCUUUCGCUCCACCAAACCCUGGCCAAGGAGACGACCAUUGUCGAGGUCCUAAAUCCCGUCAUCGGGGGCGACGGCAGUGCUCGCACCAUCCACGUGAGCAGCGGCGCUCCCUUCGACCAGGACGAGGACGACUUCGAGCAAGGUGGCGCCGUGGCCGUGUUGCGUAGCGAAACCUUCGUUUUGCCCGACGCCGCCGGCGCUGGCAGGACUGAGCUGUCAUUAAAUGCGAAAAUGAAAACCGUACUCGAGGAGCUGCUGGAAAACGAGCGCGUCAAAUUGAAUUUGCAGAAGAGCCUCGAGGAGGAUGACGAGGAGGAGGAGGGGAGCAGUGCCUAUGGUGAUGCGCGGGACGACGAGGAGAGCGCCUACGGCGAUGCCAUGGACGAUGUGGUUGACUUUGGCGCUACCACGGUCACGAGCCGCGCAGCUAAUGAGCAGGACGAUGCCAAGAACGGCAAUCAGCAGCUGCUCGAGGAGCUGAUAAAGGACAGCAACCGCAACACAAUCAUUGCCAAAUUGGCUGGCCAGUUGUCCGACGACGAGGAUGAGGAGGACGAUGAUGAGGAGGAGAGCAGUGACUCCUCCGACGAGGACAGCGAUGACUCCGAUGAGGAGGACAAUGCUUCAGAGCAACUGAAUGUCACCUAUGUGCAGGGCGCCCAGGUGAUCGAGAAUCUCAACACGCUGGCCGCCGGCAGCAAGCUACAAAAGUCACAGACAUACACGGCCAUCCAGCAGCAGGCGGAGGAGGAGCAGGAGGACCCAAAGGAAGAGGUGAAGGAGUCGGAACUUGAGCCAGAGGCAGCGCCUGCUUGCGGUGCCGAUACCCUGGCCCAGUUGCAGGCCGAGCAGCGCGCCCUGGCCGAGAUCUCAAAGCAGCUGCGCAAGUCUGUCGAGGAUUUGCUCAGCGCCGACGGCGGCACAGUCGUGGAGACGCAGCGCACCUACACGCUGCCCGCUGCCAGUGACAGCACGGCAGUGGUCACCGUCACCGAGGUGGUCAAGAAGCAGAAGAAGAAGACGCAAAAGGGCGAGUCCGGGGAGGCUAUAUUCAACCGGCUGCUGAGCGGUGGGGAGGCAGAGCGCCAGAUCUUUGACCGGCAGCAGGGAGAGACCAUUACGACGACCACCACCACCACGGAGGCUGUGAGUGCGGCGGACAAUGAGCCGAGCAGCAGUGUGGUGACCACCACGCGGACAGUGUCCAACAUUGUGACCAGCGGCAUUCCCCGGCCAGCGGAGACCAGCAAGCAGGGCACCAACCGCAGCAGCAACAGCAACAGCAACAGCAGCAGCAGCAGCAACAAUAACCGCAGCAAGAACAAGAGAAAGGGCAAAAAGAAGUAGGCAGCAGCUGCCAGGAAUUAGGAUAGAGCGGCGACAUUGCGUAUACGCCGUGUGGUAGGUGGGUAUGUGAUCCAGGCAAACGCACACACACACAUAUCAGAAGGUCCUUUAAUAUAGCCACUAAUUGUAUACAUAUGUACGAUAUUCGCAUAUAUGCAUUGAGAUGAUAUUUUGUAAUUAAUUGUGCAAAUAACGUGUGUCCCCAGCAUUUACAAACCCAUUUGUUACUAAUCAUGACAGUGUGUGCGCAUUAAAAGGAAAUAUUUUCAUUGCAAAUUAAAAACCAAUUGAGACGGGACAACAGUAACUGUAAAUUUAAUGUUGUGCAGCAACCACAAAGCACAAAUCGCCACCCAAACCCAUCGGAAUUCAAAUUAACAAAACAACAAAAAAAGAGAAAACGAACGACGAAAAAAAAAACAAAAAUCUUAUUUAAUUGAAUUAAAUAAUUUCACUUUGUUUGCAUUUAACUAUCAUUUGCAUAAAGCAUCUGGUUUUUCCCCUCAUCUUUUUUUUUCGAAAGGGCUUUGCUUAAUUUCCGCAAAUUAAAUUUACGUUUUAUGUUCUAGCACAAAAAGUAGGAGCAAAAACCGAAGUAUUCACGAUGAUCCAUCCCAGCCCCUGCCCUGAACCAACUCUAAGCAUUCCGACUGCCCGCAUUUUGGGGCUACUCUCUUCUUAGUUUUAGCCAUAAGCAAACCCCGGAAACUAAACCCGAUUCGAACCGAAACGAAACGAAAAGAGCGAGCGAAGAACAUAAAUCAAAUAAUCGUAAAUAAUGUAGUUAGCGUGUGUAAGUGCGUCCAGUUGUAAUCCGUAGUAUAUGUAACACAAUGCAUAAGCACAACUAUGACAAAUGUCCUCGGGCGAUUUCAGUUUCCACUUUUAUACAAAUGUAAAAAUAUAUAUUUACAAGCAAUUUUAUGUAAUACCUAUGAUAUUUAGUGUGUAAAUUCGCCAAACACUGAGAGGCGAAUGAAAAAUAAACAAAUUGUAUGCAUUUUUAUUUGAAAAAAAAAAA